UAAUGAAAAACUUGCUGUAUUGACAUGGAAACUGUUUCCAUAAUUGGAUUCUGCAGGAGGAAAUGUGAUGCUCCCAUAUUCCACCUAGCCCUUUCCAUCCAUUAGUCUUUCCAAGCCAGAGAGAUAGAUGCAGAAAUUGCCAAACCAAGUGGUGAUUGCCUGGACACUUGAAGUCCUUGUUUUGUUUGAGCCACACAUUUGCUUGUUAGGUAGUUCAUCUGUAUGCUGGGACCGGCAUGCUUUGUCUUGCACAUCCGCACAUGCCUAAUUCUGGUAGUGCUUUUAAUCCAACCAAAUCACCAAACUGAUCCUUCUGGAUAUUGAAGAUUAACAUUAGAAUUAGAAGAAGAUUCAAACUUUCAUAUUUAAGUUGAGUGCUUAUCUAUACUUCUGUGUGGAUCUCAAAAACUAGGCAUGAAUAUCAUCCACCUGCUUUGUGCCCUAUGUGUCAUGAAACCAAAUAGCAGAAAACACCACCUGUACGCUCCCAACAUAGCCAAAAAUGCACACUAUCAUCCAAGUCUCACAUGGCUUUGCGCCCAUGAAUAGAUACACCAGGAAAGCUCCAUUUACCCGAGUGUCUCUAACCCUGUAAAUGUGUAUACUUAUAUAUAUACUAAUAACCCACAUCCAUUGCCUUGUAUUGAGCUCUAAGCCAAACCCAUUUCAGUGACCCAAGUUCUAACAUUUCCCCAUUCUUAACAAAGGCACUGCACCAUGAUCAAGAUGGCAAAGAAGUGGCAGAAGCUAACUUCAGUGAGGAAACAGAUUUCACUGCAGAGAAGAAAUGGAGAUAUUGCAUAUACUGACAGCAGCAGUAGUACUACUUCAUCAAGAGCUGAGAAGGGCCAUUUUGUUGUCUACACAAUAGACCAGACCCGGUUUGUGUUUCCCAUAGUGUAUCUCAGCAACCACAUCUUCAGAGAGCUCUUCAAGAUGUCUGAGGAAGAGUUUGGAUUGCCCAGAGAUGGACCCAUCAUGCUGCCAUGCGAUGCGGUCUUUAUGAACUAUGUAGUGUUCUUGAUAAAGCGGCGUGUGACUAAAGACAUGGAGAAAGCUCUGCUCAUGUCCAUGGCUACUAGUCAAUGCUCACGGUGUCAUUCUCUUUUUCAAGAAGAAAGCAGUCAGCAUGUGCUUCUCCGUGGCUUCUGAAUGAAUUAAACCUUACAAGUUUUUGUAUAUAAUCUACUAAUUUGAUGCUACAAAAAAUUUGAUUUCUUUCUUCAUUCUUGAAUGUAUCAGCUGAAGGAAAAAGAUUUGACUAUAUGUGUGAAAUUAUUCUCAUGUUGUAUGCAUCUAGGAUUCGUCAGUAUACGUGACUACACUGGUUUGGAUGUCUUCAAUCAAUUCAUGGUUUGGGUAGAGUCCUUGGUCUUUCUUGCUAUGAAGUAGAAUAUUCAAACAAAAGGUGCAGCCUCCACAUGUGACCAUGGCCAGCAUGGGAAUGGCCAAGAGUGGCAAGUUGGCUGCAAAAUGAUGUUCACAAUGUUUGCUGCAUGGCUGAAGUGUCAGCGUGGUGGACAUUGUUGUCACAUUAUUUAAUGUUGUAGGUCAAAAUUGAUGACUGGACAUCAU